AUGAACCGUCCGUCUCGAACAGAUGAGCCCUACGAGGGGGAGGGAUACAACCAGAGCCCGAGCCCCCUGUCCAACGACUUGACCACCAACGAGGACCUCAACGGCACCGUCAACGCGAGGGAGCUGGGGCCGGCACGAGACAGCAAAGAAGCGCUUGCCGAGGCCGGAGAUGUCGCUAUCACGCGCUUCGAUGACAGCUGGGGAAAAGACGGCGUCGGCCCUGCGAUGGGCGACCCGUCGGCCAAGUCUGCUGGACUUGGUCAACCCGAGGGGGAGGAUGCCCUUGCGGCCCCUCUCCCUACCCUUCACUCGCAGCAUCCCUCCAACGGCGGAGACGAGGACUCAGUCCGGAAAGGCAUCCUCGUUCGUGCCUGGAGUGCUCUUGCGAAGUUUGGGUCCUUCGUCGGGCCCGGAUUCAUGAUCUCUGUCGCAUAUAUCGACCCCGGAAACUAUGCCACGGGCGUUGCGGCGGGAGCCACCUACCGCUUCAGGCUUCUCUUCGUCGUCCUCCUGGCCAACCUGUUUGCAAUCUUCCUCCAGAGCCUCUGCACCAAGCUCGGCACUGUCACCGGGCUCAACCUGGCCGAGGCGUGCCGGGCUUUCCUGCCACGGUGGAUGAACUAUGUUCUCUACGUAUUUGCCGAGGUGGCCAUCAUCGCCACCGACAUUGCAGAGGUGAUCGGAUUCGCCAUCGGCCUGAACCUCCUUGUUCCCGCGAUCCCCCUGGUGGCGGGAUGUGCGAUUUCCAUUCUCGACGUCAUGAUCAUCCUCGUCUUCUACCGGCCCCACGGGUCCAUGAGGGGGUUGCGGAUGUUUGAGUACUUUGUCAUCGGCCUCGUCUUGGCCGUGGUGGUCUGCUUCUGUAUCCAGCUCUCGCUGAUCAAGGACACGCCGGUUGGAGAGGUAUUCCGUGGCUACCUGCCCUCUCAUGCUGUCGUCGAAUCGCAAGGCUUGUACCAAGCUUGUGGCAUUCUUGGAGCCACUGUCAUGCCUCACAGCCUGUACCUCGGCUCCGGAAUUGUCCAAGCCCGCCUCCGGGAUUAUGACACGAAGCACGGCCUGCUGCCUCCCGGCACAGGAGAAGUCGACCUCGGCGGUGAAAGCGUUGACAAGGACUACUACGCCCCGUCGGUCCGAGCCAUCAAACACUGCCUCAAGACAUCAACGGCCGAGCUAGGGAUCUCCCUCUUCACGUUCGCCCUCUUCGUCAACUCCGCCAUCCUCAUUGUCGCGGGCGCCUCGCUCUUCGGCAACAAAGACGCCCCGGACGCGGACAUCUUCGGCAUCCACCAGCUCCUCACGGACUCCAUCUCUGGAGCGGCGGGUACCAUCUUCGCGCUGGCGCUGCUCCUCUCGGGCGUCUCGGCCGGGAUCGUGUGCACGAUUGCCGGGCAGAUGGUCAGCGAGGGGGCGCUGAACUGGAAGAUGCGGCCCUGGCUACGGCGCCUCGCGACGCGAAGCAUCAGCGUCACGCCGAGCAUCGUCAUCGCCGGGGCCGUCGGCCGGCAGGGCGUGAGCGCGGCGCUGAACGCGUCGCAGGUCGUGCUCAGCGUCGUCCUGCCGUUCGUCACGGCGCCGCUGAUUUACUUUACGUGCCGCCACAAGUACAUGACGGUCCGUGAUGGCGAGGCCCGGUCGAGGAGCCGAGUUGACGAGGAGACCCUGGACGACGCGGGCGGUUUGGUCAAGAUGGCGAACUCGUGGUACACCGCGGCUCUCGCGGUCCUGGUAUGGGUCAUCAUCGCGGCGAUGAACGUGGCCAACUUGGUCCUGCUGGGGAAGGGCGAGUGA